GGAUCUGUGCAAGUGAAAUGACUGAAUACAAGCUUGUCGUGGUUGGUGCUGGAGGUGUGGGCAAGAGCGCUCUGACCAUUCAACUGAUCCAAAACCACUUUGUUGAUGAGUAUGAUCCCACUAUUGAGGAUUCAUACCGAAAGCAGGUUGUGAUAGAUGGUGAAACAUGUCUGCUGGAUAUUCUUGACACUGCCGGUCAAGAGGAGUACAGUGCCAUGCGGGAUCAGUACAUGCGAACUGGAGAAGGCUUUCUGUGUGUCUUUGCUAUUAAUAACACAAAGUCCUUUGAGGACGUCCACCAUUACAGAGAACAGAUCAACCGAGUAAAAGACUCUGAUGAUGUCCCUAUGGUAUUAGUCGGUAACAAAUGUGACCUCCCAUCACGAACAGUGGACACAAAACAAGCACAAGAGUUAGCAAAGAAUUAUGGGAUUCCGUUCAUAGAAACCUCUGCUAAAACGAGACAGGGAGUUGAAGAUGCAUUCUACACCCUCGUCCGUGAAAUCCGCAAACACAAAGAGAAGAUCAACAAUGGAAAGAAGAAGAAAUCCUCCAGAAGGAAGUGUGUCAUUCUUUAAAACAAGUGCCAUCCUUCAGAGGAACGUCAGUCAAACCACAGCCUGUGUGCCAGCUAAAAGCAAACUGAAUGUUUGGACUUUAGUAAUGCAGUGAAAUGGGAAUACUUGCCAUUUAUUCAAGAUUCACUUCAUGAAUUGUUUUUAUUAGAGGGAUUAAAUGAUCCAUAUUUUUUUUGGCGUGUGGAGGAUGGGCUUCAUAAACAUUUUGAACUCCAUACUCUUAGAAACAAAAAAGGCAGUAAUAAAUGUACAAACGCUCAUUAAACAGACUAUUGCAAUUGAAGGGCCCUCCAAUUUUUUUUUCUUUGGAGAGACGAUGAUGAGUGAAACCCACCCAACUGAAAAAAAAAAAACACAGAACUGGUCAACUGUAUUUUAAUGCUCAACUAGAAAUCCUAGGAAUUUUAUAAAGGUGAUAAAACCAUAGUCGUGAAUUUUGUCUGAAAAUGGGAAACAUGCUAGUAAGAAAUAAAAACUUUUGAAAUU